GGGGCCACAAAGGUUGUUGGAUCUUUCCUACAGUCUUCCCUUUGUAGCCGUACAUCACCCACCACCCUCACCAACUCGCCUCAUCUUCUACCUAUAUACUUCAACCCCUCCUUUCUCUUCAUCCCCUGUAUCCAUUUUCACAAACCCUUCUCCUAAUACCCUCCAUUUCAUUAACAUUGUUUCUUUCCCUGCAAAAAUGAAGGUAAUUGACAAAAUUCACGAAUCCGCCAAAACUGACAGAGUAGUUUUCUCCUUUGAAUUCUUUCCCCCAAAAACUGAAGAUGGGGUUGAUAAUUUGUUCGAAAGAAUGGAAAGAAUGGUGUCACACAAUCCCUCUUUCUGUGAUAUUACAUGGGGUGCAGGUGGAUCAACAGCAGAUCUGACACUUGAGAUUGCAAACAGAAUGCAGAACAUGGUUUGUGUUGAAACCAUGAUGCAUUUGACUUGUACGAAUAUGCCUGUUGAGAAAAUUGAUCAUGCCCUUGAAACUAUCAAGUCUAAUGGGAUUCAGAAUGUUCUUGCUCUUCGCGGUGAUCCUCCUCAUGGACAAGAUAAGUUUGUUCAAGUUGAAGGUGGUUUUGCCUGUGCCUUAGAUCUGGUAAAACACAUGCGGGCCAAGUAUGGGGACUACUUCGGGAUAACUGUCGCAGGUUACCCAGAGGCACAUCCUGAUGUUAUACCUGCUAGUGGAAUAGCUACACAAGAGACAUAUGAAAAUGACCUUGCCUAUCUCAAAAAGAAGGUUGAUGCUGGAGCUGAUCUCAUUGUAACUCAACUCUUCUAUGAUACUGAUAUUUUCCUCAAGUUUGUCAAUGAUUGUCGUCAAAUUGGGAUAACUUGUCCUAUUGUCCCGGGAAUCAUGCCCAUCAACAAUUAUAAGGGCUUCUUGCGCAUGACUGGUUUUUGCAAAACCAAGAUCCCAGCAGAUAUUACAGCUGCCUUGGAACCGAUUAAGGAUAAUGAAGAAGCUGUCAAAGCUUAUGGAAUUCACCAAGCGACUGAAAUGUGCAAGAAGAUUUUGGCCACUGGCAUUAAGACCUUGCAUCUCUAUACAUUAAACAUGGAGAAAUCAGCACUAGCCAUCUUGAUGAAUCUUGGAUUGAUAGAAGAGUCCAAAAUUUCAAGGCCAUUACCUUGGAGACGUCCUACAAAUGUUUUCCGUGUUAAAGAAGAUGUCCGUCCUAUAUUCUGGGCCAACCGUCCGAAGAGCUACAUUUCAAGGACCAUUGGUUGGGAUGAGUAUCCACAUGGGCGAUGGGGCAAUGCUCAAAAUCCAUCAUAUGGAGCACUUAGUGAUUAUCAGUUCAUGAGGGCACGUUCACGUGAUAAGAAACUUCAAGAGGAAUGGGCUGUUGCUCUCAACAGUGUGGAAGACAUCUAUGGGAGAUUUAUGAACUACUGUCUUGGGAAGCUGAGAAGUUGUCCUUGGUCUGAGUUAGAUGGGCUUCAGCCAGAGACGAAGAUCAUCGAUGAACAUUUGGGUAACAUAAACACGAAAGGUUACUUGACUAUUAACAGCCAACCAGCAGUUAAUGGAGCAAAAUCUGAUGCUCCUUCUAUUGGAUGGGGUGGUCCUGGUGGAUAUGUUUAUCAAAAGGCAUACUUGGAGUUCUUUUGCUCUCACGAGAAGUUGAAUGCUCUUGUCGAAAAAUGCAAGUCUUUCCCCUUCCUUACCUAUAUGGCUGUGAACAAGGAAGGAAACUGGAUUUCUAACGCCAACCAAACCGAUAUCAAUGCGGUGACAUGGGGAGUUUUCCCAGGUAAGGAGAUUGUACAACCAACUGUGGUCGAUCCUGCCAGCUUCAUGGUAUGGAAGGAUGAGGCAUUUGAAAUCUGGUCAAGAGGUUGGGCUCAACUAUACCAAGAGAGUGAUCCAUCAAGAAAAUUACUUGAACAAGUUCAGAACAGUUACUUCUUGGUUAGCCUUGUCGACAACGAUUACAUCAAUGGAGAUUUGUUUGCCAUCUUCAAGGAUAUCUGAAUUUAGCAGCCAUACAGAGCUCUUAAUUAUUUACUCACAGUGAAGUUUCUUCCUUGGAUUUGAGUACACAGUUAUGAUUGUUGUUGUUUUAUGUUCCUGUAACAGGAAUAAUUCAGUGGGAAUCUGUUUCCUUCAUUUUUUAACUGCAAAUUUGAUAUACAUUGUUCCUCAGUCUUUUACAACAAUUAUGAGCAAUCACACCCCUCCUCCCCUGAGCAUCUGUAUACAAUUUUUAAUUUUGCUGUCUAAAUAUAUAGACAUGGCAUUAUUCUUCCA